GCGAUUACAUUUAUGGCGCUACUUUAGUCUUGUCCAUUUAUACAUCUCUUGGCAGGUACGCCACUGAAAGGAGUUCGCGAUCCUUUCCUCAAAUCCCCCUCAAACGAACAAACACCAGAAGCUUGACCCAGGCUAGGGUCAAAUUUCAUCAUGCUUUCCUUUCAACUAAUUCUGCUCGCAUUCAGUAUCCUUUCCUCCACCACCGCCUCAGACCCCUUCCAAAUCGAGAAACGCUUCUCCGAAAGUCAACAACCGCUUGACGACAUCACAUGGAUCGAACCGUACCGCCGCUUCGUAGUGAAGCUCGACACGCCAGGCUACCCUCGAUGGCUUCUCAACAAGACGACGACAGUGGCGCAGGAACACACAAGGGCUGCGGACUGGUACUACGCAGUAUACGACCAGCCAAGCGCCAUCCUCCUUAAUUUCACUUUGUCCUCUGACAACAAGACCCUUUACCUCAACAGCCAGGCCAUACUUCCCCUAAUGGAUACCAUGCUUCCCCCGAGUUUGGCGGCAUAUCAAGUACCGGCGGACAUUAGUAGGAACGAGUUCAGUUUACUUAAACACAACCAUGUACUCAGCUGGGCAUAUUACGGCAUGACAAUCGCAUACCAACGCCUCACUAUCGACUACGAUCGCCUGGUCUGGGCGGAUCCAUCCUCGGGCCCAUACCAAAACCACGUGCCAACUCUCAGGUUCCGCCUCAUGGGGCUCGGAUCAUACAAGCAGGACGAUGUCUUGGAUGACAGGCUCCAAAAGGUCGUUCACGUCACUCUCGCGGACCAGAAACACGGAUCUUCCGACGCUUCCGAUCGCUCUUAUCUGAUCACUGAGGUUGCGAUCAAAGAAUCUCGAAGGUCGUACGCGUACGCAGGUGUGCUGCCCAACGACGUCUCGAGGAUUGAUGAUUGUUCAGCGCGCUCAUGGCGGUGCGAGGAUCAUGGAUUGUACGCUGAGGGUGAACCGUGGUACAGGUACAUCUGGAGACACAAAUUUGACCAGUAUGGACGCAUUGGAUCUCAGCGACAUCAAAUCCUUCGUAGGUGUUCUCGAAAUGGUCGUGGUCACAUACGUGGUAUAUGGAAUGACUCGAUAUAUGCGGCGGAUCAGGCUCCAGCGUAUUCAGUUGUUGGCUGAAGAAGAUGGCCUGUUGGAUGCCGCAGAAGACGAAGAGGAGUACGUAGACUUCGGCCAUGACGAUGAGCCUCCAAGCUAUGAAGAUUCUGUAAAGCCUCUACCACCACCUCCUUCUCCUCUACUACCACCACGAAGCGUUUGAUUCGUCCCUCUAGAUUUCAUAUUGUCUUCAUUUUAGCGUCAUACAUAGUGGAACAAUACGUAGUAUAUACCACCUAAAUUUCGUAUACAUUCCAAGACUAAUAUCAAGAGGAAGCACUGUGAACAACCAUACAGCCCCCUAGUGGUGUACUCUGUUUUAGGUCCUAAGCCGAUGAUGGCAAGCC